UAAUCUACACGUUGGGACGUUAACGCUGGACUGUGUAUCGUCACGGGGAAGUGACGUUAGUCAGGAAACGUGCUUCUGUUUACAUUCGCGUAUCUGAAAGAGGAAAUGUUCACCGGACUAUGUGAAAAAAGUCUCCUUUUAAUGUCUUAAAACUGGGACGUGUAGAUGCGUCAGUGAAGGAUGUUCGGGACAGUGACCCUGUUGCUGCUGACGCUGGGCGUCUGCAGCGGACACAGCAAGGAGGAAGUGGAGGGGAAGCGCUCCGGUCACGUGUCAGUGGUCAUUGUGGGAGGCACCGGGGACUUGGCGAGGAAGUACCUGUGGCAGGGUUUCUUCCACCUGUACGUGAACCAGGUCACCCGGGGAAACAGCUUUUCCUUCUACGCUGGAGGCAUUUCUCCGUCCGACAAGGCCACGCCGGUUCUGUUUCAGAUCCUGAAGUCGCUCUCCUGCUCCGAGUCUGUCUCUGAGGAGCGCUGUGCGCUGCUGAAAGAGCAGUUUCUGCGGCUGGCUCAGUAUCGGCAGCUGAAGAGCGUGGAGGACUACCAAGACCUCACCAAGCACAUCACCAGACAGCUCCAAGAAGAAGGGAUGGAGGAGGCGGGGCGGCUCUUCUACCUCUCAGUGCCGGCCUUUGCGUAUGCGGACAUCGCCGAGAAGAUCAACAGCACUUGCAGACCUCCAGAGGGAGUUUGGAUGCGUGUGGUGUUGGAGAAGCCUUUUGGGCACGACUUCAGAAGUGCUCAAGUGUUGGCGUCUCAGCUGGCUAACUCGCUCAAGGAGGAAGAAAUGUACAGGAUCGACCACUACUUGGGGAAGCAGGUUGUGUCCAAGAUACUUCCAUUCAGAGCGCAGAACAAGAAAUUCCUGGAUCCGAUUUGGAACAAACACCACAUCGAGAGAGUGGAGAUCGUUUUGAAAGAAACCCUGGAUGUGAAAGGUCGGAUUUCCUUCUACGACAAGUACGGAGUGAUCAGGGACGUGCUCCAAAACCACCUGACUGAAGUCAUGACCCUGCUGACCAUGAGGCUUCCUGCCAAUCUGAGCAGCAGCAAGGAAGUUCUCCAGAACAAGCUGCAGGUCUUUGGUUCGGUGCUGCCUUUAGGCAAGCGUCAGGUGGUGCUGGGUCAGUACCAGGGCUACCAGGCCGAGGUCCAACAGGAGCUGAACAAGACCAAAGAUCACAUGAGUUUAACUCCAACAUAUGCAGCCGUGCUGGUGCACAUGGAGGACCCUCGGUACGAAAACGUGCCCAUCCUGCUGGUCUCUGGGAAGAUGUUGGACGAGCGAGUGGGGUACGCUCGCAUCCUUUUCAAGGACGACAUCUUCUGCCUUCAGAACCACAACAGCGGCCACUGCAAGCCCAAACAGAUAGUCUUCCACUUCGGCCACGGGCAGCUGAACCAUCCGGCGAUCCUGGUCAGCAAGAGUCUGUUCAAGCCCGGUCUGGUGGACGGCGAGUGGAAGGAGGUGACCGAGCCUGCCGACUUCAGCGUUCUCGGGUUACACAUUUCCGAGUACUACGUUCAGACUCCAGCGGUGGAGAGAGACGCUUACGCCGAGUUGAUUUCUCACAUAUUCGCUGGACGCUCCAACCACUUUAUAAGCACUGAAAACCUGCUGGCGUCGUGGCUGAUGUGGACGCCGAUGCUGAACUCUCUGGAGACGUCCUUCCCCCGCGUCUACCCCGGGGGAGCCGACAACCAUGACCUGCUGAACGUUCGUCUCGCUGGGAAAGAACUGAGCUACCUCAGCGAGGUUGUGCUCAUCGGGCCGGUUCAGAACACGGCGGCCAAAGACGUCCAGGUGAUGGUGGGGAGUUACCGCAGCGCAAAGAUGGUGUCGGCCUGGUCUCAGGAGCUGGUGGAGAAGCUGGCAGUGGACAUUCAGGAGGCGGCGGAGGCCGCUGUGCUCCAGGGCGGGGUCUUCCACCUGGCCCUCUCGGGCGGCUCCACACCCCUCGCUCUCUUCCACCGACUGGCCCUGCACCACUUCUCGUUCCCGUGGAGGAAGACUCAUGUGUGGAUGGUGGACGAGCGCUGUGUUCCUCCGACUGACCAGGAGUCCAACUUCCACAGCUUGCACGAGCACCUCCUGCUGCACGUGAGCAUCCCCUACUUCAACGUCCACCCCAUGCCGGUUCAGAUCCGGCAGCGUUUGUGCGCGGAGGAGGACGGGGCCGCGCAGAUUUACGAGGACGAGCUGAGAACGCUGGUCAACGACUCCCGCUUCCACUUCAUCCUGCUGGGGCUGGGCUACGACGGACACACCGCCUCCCUCUUCCCUGGACGUCGGGUGGACACCACUGAGAAGAGGCUGGUGGCGCUGACCGAGAGUCCGGUUCAGCCACACCAGCGUUUGAGUCUCACCAUAUCGGCCAUUAACCGAGCUCACCGGGUCGCUCUGCUAGUGAUGGGCAAAGGCAAGCAUGAAAUGGUCACCCAGCUGAGCAGAACCAAGGACGACCCAGUCAAGUGGCCGGUUACGGCAGUCAGGCCCGAGAGUGGCCAGCUGGUCUGGUACAUCGACUACGAUGCCCUUCUGGGAUGAGAAUCAUUUGAGCUCACUGGUUCAAGGGCACGUUCAGUGGUCUGGACAUAACUCGGUGCAGUGAACUCUCUGUAAAGCCACUUAUAUAUUCUUAAAGGAAACAAAGUUCCUUCAUCCCAGAUGAGAAAUGAAGGCACCGUAGAGGCAGAAAAGCCAUGAAACUGCUUGUUGAAGCAGCAAAAGAACAUGAGAAAUGAUCACAGUCAAUAACCCAUGAUGCUAACAAAUGAUUUUAACCUGAUGAAAACAUGAGCUACUGUGGAUAGCUACCUCAUGAACAAGGCCGCAACUGGACCCACCUCAUUGAAACAUGACCAUGUUUGAGUCGUCGCCUCGCUUCAGUCAGUCACUCAGUCAGUCAGUCAACGUCCACUGAUGCAACAAUACCAUCAACCCUCAAGUGCCUUUUCUCAUAUCUGCUCAGUAAAUCUCCUCAAAUGUGAUCCUCCACAUUAUUUUAGAUCAAAAUCAGACGAGUUGAAGUGAAGACUAUUUCCUCCAUGUCUAAUAUAUAUUUAUGUAUAUAUGUAAAUGUACAUAAAGAACAGAUUAAUUAUCUUUUGCCUGAAAACCAAACCGUGCAACUCAGUCUGUUUACAUUGUGGUUUUCAACGUUCCAACUAUGCAAUAGUUGAAUUCAUAGUCUCGAUUAGCCAGAGUGAAUCACGAAAGAAAUUCUGCCAGAGGUGUUUGGGGAAAAAAAGUGAAAAUGUGAAGCACAAGUCGCUCCACCGUUGGCAAAAUAAACAUCUGCUUUAUUAAAGUGAAA